GCAGCUUUAAGGCUGUUUGUGUGCAAGCAACAGGAGACUGGGACUGCGGUGUCAAAAGGCUGACUUUUUAUUUGGCCUUUUCACUCUGAUAGUGUGCGUUUUGAGGGGAGACAUCGCUUCGGAUAAACUGUUUUAGGGAAACAGUCUAAAAUGCAGCACGUUUGUGGAUUAUGGGAAAAUCACAGGUGAAGCUGUGUGUGUAAUAUCGGUCACGGAUUGGGUGGCGGAUCCAGGAAAUAUGCGGAGAGAUGCAGAGCAGGCGCUGACUCUGAUAUGGCUUCUCUCUUGGAUCCCACACAGCAUGUGUCAUUCUCCCCCAGGGAGGCCCAGACUAACAAAAUGUCGGUCACCUGAGAAAGAGACCUUUACAUGCUGGUGGGAGCCUGGAUCCACUGGUGGAUUGCCCACCAGCUACCACCUGUAUUAUAGAAAAGAGAGCUCCGUGGAAGUCUUUGAAUGCCCUGAUUAUCAUAAGGCGGGGAACAAUUCUUGUUAUUUUGAUAAGCGCCACACUUCCAUUUGGAUCAUAUACAACAUCACAGUGGUGGCCUCCAAUGCACUGGGAAAAGCCUAUUCGGAAUCUGUGGAAGUUGAUGUUAUGGAUAUCGUGCAGCCUCACCCUCCAGAGAAUGUGAAUGUGACAUUGAUGCUGACCAAGAACAGUCCAUAUUUCCUGGUGCAGUGGCAGCCUCCCCAUGACGCAGACACCCGCUCAGGCUGGGUAACCAUCAAAUAUGAAGUUCGCUUAAAAAACAGCGGAGACGAGGCCUACAGCAGCGAUUGGGAGUCAUAUGGUGCUGGAAAACAGUUGGAGUUUAGCAUCUAUAGUCCUCAGCCGGGAGCAAAGUACGUCGUGCAAGUGCGCUGCAAACUAGACCAAGGCUUCUGGAGUGAAUGGAGCCCAUCCGCUUUCAUCCAGAUUCCAGACACUAUGUCUGAAACACAGAACGCAGUUAUGAUCCUUGCCGUCACUCUAUCUGUCAUAAUUUUUCUGCUGACUGCAGGAGUGCUGACAGUCAAGAUGAAACAGGUGAAGCAUUUUUUACUGCCACCAGUUCCAGAACCGAAGAUCAGUGGCAUAGACACUCAGCUCCUUAAGAGUGGGAAGUCUGAGGAGAUCUUCAGUGCUCUGGUUACUCUGGGAUAUCCACAAAUAGCCCAGAGCUCAGACCGUCAGGUGGAGUAUCUCGUGGUCUCUGACUAUGAUGAGGAAACGGAUUUUGAUAGCAAAGCUCAUCUUGAGUACCAAAAGGGGAAAAACGGUCCCGCAGAACCUGCACAAAACAGCAUCCAGACCACAUGCAACCGCAGUCAGGGGCUAAAAACUCACCCCGGGACUGUCUCCAAACAGCUAAGUUCCACCAUCGGUGUCCUUGAAGAUCUUCAACAACGACUUCACCUUUAUUCCGAUGGCUCGCCAGUAAAAGCUCAGGACCAAAACACUCAAAUGAUCUCUGAUAGCGAAUGUGAGCACGUCAGCAUCACCCCUAGUAGAUUUACAGGGUACGUUGAGGUUGACGAAGAGAAACAAGGCCGAAAGCCCAUGGUAGGGGAGGACUACAGUAUGGUCAGUGACGUUAACAGUGAUAAUAUCCUUGUACUCCAAGAAAGCAUCCCUGUACAGGGACACAAAGAAGUCAAAUGUGACAAAACUUCUGGAGCUGAGGAAACUGGAGGUGUCAUCGAACCUCUGGGAUACAUGGAAACCGUGACAACAUUUUCAAGUGGACCUUGACUAUUUUGUGACUUUAACUUUUGAGACUAUUUUGUCUUGUAGUGUCCUGUUCAAACUAUCAAGCACUUUGUUAGUAGAGAUGUGAGAAGGGUUAUUUCAGAAAUCUGUGGUGAGUUUCCCAUACAGUGAUAUAAAUUGCUGCUUAACUGCCAUAUCAAUGCAAUCAUUGGAGAAAUUAACUAGCUAGUCAUGAUUGUUUCCCAAAACCACUAUUUUGUCAUUCGAACUACGUUGGCUCAACCAUCUAGAAUUGUGUGGAGUAAUAACUUCUGCUAAUUACUCGGUUCAUGAUUGAAUUAAUGUCAGAUUCUUGCUCUAAAUAGUGAACAUGGCAUCUGAGGACUAAAUCAGUAUUUGAGUUUGCUAUUAUUUUGCUUUAUUUCCUAAUGUCUGAUUCAAUCAUGGGAUGCUAGAGCACAUUCACUCAUGCUCACAUCAAAAACUGUGCUUUCAUUCUCUUUCCAAACUAAAGUUUGUAUACAAUCACCAGCAACUUUAUUAGGUACACCUUGCUAGUACUGAGUUGGACGCCCAUUUGCCUUCAGAACUGCCUUAAUUCUUUGUGGUUUAGAUUCAACAAGGUGCUGGAAACAUUCCUUAGAGAUUUUGGUCCUUGACUUGAUAGCAUCACGCAGUUGCUGAAGAUUUGUCAUGAUGUGAAUCACCCAUUCCUCCACAUCCCAAAGGUGCUCUAUUGGACUGAUAGCUGGUGACUGUGGAGUCAAUUUCAGUAUAGUGAACCCAUUUGAGAUGAUUUGAGCUUUGUGAAACCGUGCGUUAUCCUGCUGAAAGUAGCCAUUAUAUGUUGGGUACGCUGCAGUCACUGUUGCCUUUCCAACAUUUUGACGUUUGACAAGGCAUUUUUGCCCACAGAACUGCUGCUCACUGGAUAUGUUUCAGACCAUCCUGUGUAGAUAUACAGACACACAACCCGUAAAAGACCCAGUAGAUCAGCAGUAAAAUACUCAGACCAGCCCAUCUGGCACCAACAACUAUGCCAAGUUCAAUCACUUAAUGUCAGCAGAUCGUCUUGACCAUGCCGUAAUGCAUUGAGUCGCUGCCAAGAUAUGAUAUUUGCCUUAUUGAACAACUGAACAGGUGUACCUAAUUAAGUGGCCGGCGAGUGUACACAGUAUAUGGAAUGAAAGAUAUAUAUUGUACCACAUUACCUUGCUUAUUUCCCUUGAGAGCAUGAUCUAAGUCCAUGUCAUUUAUAACUACAGGUUAAGAGCCGUACUUUCUACCAUACAACUUUUUUUGUGAAUACUUGUUGGAACUAUGGUUUUGGGAAACACCAAAUCAUUGAACUAAGUUGGUAACGACAAAACUUGCAACCAUAGUUUGCUAGCAAUACUGUUGAAUGCACCUCUUGUUGUAGCUGUAGUUGUGCAGGUUGACAGAUACAACACAGCAAUGGGUC